CGCCUUUGAUCGCCCAAUAACGAAUGCCUCGACUUUCUUCCUCCCAGCGCCUCUUUUUGAUCAGCAGACUCUGUUCUACCUUUGAACUGAUAAGAGCCAUCUCUUUCUCUGUUUCUCUGUGUUUCUCACUCUGCUUCUCCCACUAUCACACCAGCCUUAUCACUGCUAUUUCCCCUUCUUCCACGGUUUAUUUUACCCCACCACAAGCGGCCCGUCGAGUCAGCCGCUUCGACAUCCACGGUUCUACAACAAUAAUACAAGGGCAAAACAGAAUUGAAGUCAAGAGAUUCUCCUCGAAUCAUGUCUCGACAUCGCGAUUACCGCUCCUCGACAGGCACGCUGGACAGCAGCGGCAGCCGUUGGGACAGCGAGCGAUUCUCCCGCGAACACGAGCGCCGUCGCUCACGAGGGCCCCCCCCGGUCGCGGAGAGGCCUCGCCGGGUAGAAGAAGAGCGGUUUGAGGUUCGUCUACGCGAUGAAGACCGGUACGGACCUCCCGCGCGGCGUGUGGACCGGUACUACGAAGAUGAAACUGUUGUGCGUGGCGCCGGUCCGAUGGUGGUUGCCUACGAUCAGCGUCGGCACGAGAGCCCCCCGCCGCCCCCGCGUCUGAUCCGUCGCCAGUCGUCGCUGGACACCUUUGACCGUGUCCCUGCGAGGAAGCGCGAGAGCUACUCGCGUCGGGCAGCGCCGAUGGCGGUGCCGGUGCCCUUGCCUCCCUCGAGACGGCGUUCUCCUCCGCGUCGCUACCAGGAGCAACAGCAGGACUUCUACGAGGAUAUCCGUAUCGCGGAGCCAGAUCUCUAUGGCGAUGAAGAGUACCGCGAUUUCCGGGAGCAGAGACGUCGGUCCAGUAGCCACGGGCGCUACCGCGAGAAGGUCGUUGAGGAGAUGAUCUCCGAGAAGGUGGAGAAGCCGUAUCCUCGCAAGGGAAGGACAAGGAUGCCUAGACGGCUGGUCCAUACGCAGGCGAUCAUCGAGUUGGGCUAUCCGUUUGUCGAAGAGGACAACGUGGUUGUCAUCCAGAAGGCUCUGUCUAAAGAUCAGAUCGAUGAAGUCAUCAGUGUCAGUCGAGACAUCCGUCGGAGUGAGAGUGCUCGCUACGUCCAUUCCCCCUCUCCUCCCCCGCCUCGCAGGGAGCGUUUCACCGAGGAGAAGCUUGUCCUGAACUCCUUCACGCCGCGGUCCAGCCGCAACACCUUGAUCGUGGAACGCUCACCGUCCCAGCAUAGGUCCCGGUCCCGGUAUCGCGGCGAGGUGGUCGAGAAGAAGCAAGAGGUGACCACGACGAUUUCUCGGCCUCGAUCUGUCUCGGUUCACUUCCGGAACCGCCGGCCCUCCUCACCCCCCGCGCCACGGAGGGUUGAGCGACGUGAGGUUCGCGAAGAGAUAGUCGAGUCCGAGAAGCUCCGGACCAACCCCAUGGCCCUCGUGAUCCGCCCCAGGCACAGCGACAGCCACGAGGACCUGCACGAGUACAUCCGAGAGCUGGAAGAAGAGAAGCGCCUGCUGCAGCUGGAGCGGCGGGGCGGCGUCGACAUCAUCGAGCGUGACACGGAGAUCAUCGAUAGCAAAAGCGGCAUUGAAGAGGUUGUCAAAGUGAAAAAGGAUCACAAAGCCAUGGAUAAGGUACAGGCGUUCGGCAAGAACUUGAGCGCGAGCUUCUCGCCCUUUGCUGCCCGGACCCAGCAGAUGAUCAAGGAGCAGCUGGGCCAAGCUGACGAUCGCACCCAGCUGCCCGAUGAAUACAUCGAGUUGGAGAAGCGGGUUGACGCCUUGAAGCUGGUCCACCAGAAGCUUCUGCAGGUGACCUCCCAAUACUCGAAUGAAGCCUACGACUACCCGCCCAAUAUCCGCGAAUCGUUCAACGACCUCGGCCGCACCAUCAGCGAGAAGGUCACCCUUCUCUCGCAGGCUUCGUCCCCCGGCGAGGCGCAGGCGGCGCUGACGGCACCCCCCUCGGCCAAGCCGCAGCCCAAGACCUUCAACCAUGCGAUCGCCCGCGCCUCGCUGGCUGGUUCCCAGACCCUGGCGCAGAGUUCUCACGACGAGGAUCCUCUCGCCACGGCGCUGGAGAAGUACGCUCUGGCCGAGGAAAAGGUCGGCGAGGCUCGUCUCGCGCAGGAUGCUCAGAUCCAGUCCCGUUUCCUGGCCGGGUGGAACACCACGCUCAACACCAACCUGAUGUUCGCCGCCAAGGCGCGCAAGAACGUCGAGAACUCGCGGCUCAUGCUCGACUCCGUCAAGGCCAGCAAGAAGGCCGCCGCCCGCGGCGACCUCGACAACCUCUCCGAAGAGGCUCGCAUUGAGAUCGAGCAGGCCGAGGACGAGUUUGUCGGCCAGACCGAAGAGGCCGUCAGUGUAAUGAAGAACGUCCUUGAUACCCCCGAGCCCCUCCGAAACCUUGCGGACCUGAUUGCCGCCCAGCUGGAGUUCCACAAGAGAGCAUAUGAGAUUCUCAGCGAGCUUGCUCCGGUCGUCGACGGCCUGCAGGUCGAACAAGAGGCCAGCUACCGCAAGAGCCGUGAGGGAGCGUAGAUUUCGUUCCUGGCCGUGUUCGAUGACCUUUUCUUCGUUUAUCUUGUUGGGCUUGAUCUCUGUGAUUUACCUACCCUCCCUCCUUGCUUUGUUUUCUGCUGCGAUGCCCGAGACCCAUGUUGAU